CCCUGGAGCCUGCUGCUCUUUGAGCAGCCGGCCGGCAAGCACAGGCCGUCUUGCACGGAACGUCCUGUGGUUUCUGUGGCGAGUCCUCCCGUGGUCCUGCCAAGCACUAAAUAAAGUGUCGCCACGGCCACCCCAUUGCUGCCUUUCAUGGAACAUUUGAUUAUGUUUUCUGAACUUUCCUCACACCUCAAAACUUCCUUUCUUGCCCCUACCCUUCCAGACUCAUCGAAGCGUCCAGCGACAUAGCAUAGAGUCCAUUCACAAGCUGAUCAGAGUCACUGUAGCCACCAAAUUUCCCCCCGACCUUCAACUCCCACUCUCCUCCCUAGCACACAGUUCCACUUUUACUAACAUUCAGAGUGUCUCACCAAAAAGUGACCUUUACUUUCACUCUCACCCGGCGGAUCCAAAGAGCCAGUUUCGCUUUGCGACACUUCCCUCGGGUCUCGUUCUACCCUUGGUGUGGUUGGUGUUAUCUAUCCGGUGAGAGCAAAAGCAAGAGGAACUGCCUUCAGCAUGGCUGUGUCCAUUUGGGAGUGGUAAAGGACACCAGUGAAAGUGUUCACGAUGUCCCAACAUAACAAUGAAAGAAAUGCCAAAUGCCAUCCCAGUAUUGCCAGAUGUGAAAGCAUGGAGCUGGACAAUCAAAUCCGGGAUCUGAUUGAAAGAAAUGCUUCCGAUGCAAAAGGGGUCACCACGGAGGUCGUGCCAUGUCCCAGAAAUUCCUGUUCUCCAAAGACUCCAGGAAAAACGGCUUCCGUGGCAUAUCUUGUACAGGACACAUCUAGAAUGAGUGCUGCAGAAAGUUCUGUGGAACAUCCAGAGUGUGCUCAGUCAUCAAGAACAAACUUGACACAUUGUCUUGAACAAAAGAUAAGGUGCUUGGAAAAACAAAGAAAAGAGCUCCUGGAAGUUAACCAGCAAUGGGAUCAGCAAUUUAGAAGUAUGAAAAAGUUGUAUGAAAGAAAGGUCGCGGAGCUGCAGACGCAACUGGACGCCGCGGAAGGACUGCUCAGCGCGCCCGACGGGGAGCGGCGGCCGCAGCGCCCGAGGGACGGCGACGGGCCGCGCGGCCCCACCCGGAACCCGCCGCGCGAGGAGAAGGAAAAGGAAAGCCUAAAUGAAGAAUUACAUGAAUUGAAGAAAGAGAAUAAGCUUUUGAAGGAAAAAAAUGCUCUUGCAAACAAGAAGAAGGAACAUUUAGAAUGUGAAAUAAGACGCCUCAAUAAGGCUCUUCAGGACGCCUUGAACAUCGAGUGUUCUUCACCUCCCGAGGACUGUUUGUGGAAGUCUGGAGAGUGCUGUCAUGAGGAGCUGAGAACAGAAAUGGAAGUUCUCAAGCAGCAGGUGCAAAUAUAUGAAGAAGACUUCAAAAAGGAACGAUCGGAUCGAGAAAGACUUAAUCAAGAGAAAGAGGAGCUACAGCAGAUUAAUCAGACUUCCCAAUCCCAGCUGAACAGGCUGAAUUCUCAGAUAAAAGCUUGUCAGAUGGAGAAAGAAAAACUCAAAAAGCAAUUAAAACAGAUGUAUUUCCCACCCUGUAACUGCGGCUUGGUUUUCCACCUGCGGGAUCCUUGGGGACCCACGGGCCCUGGGGCUGUGCAGAAUCCACAGGAGCACCCGCCAGACUGUCCGUGGAAUGCUCUAGACCAGCUUCCGCCAGAUGUACAGCACAAGGCAAAUGGUUUCUCCUCAGAAAGGAAGGGCAAUCAGUAGAAGCUACACCAGCAGGGGAAACGGUUGAUGGGGCAGUUGGCUGGCGGUCCUCUGCUUUGUUUUUACUGUGGCUUGUUUCUGCCGCAAAUGCACAUCAUCCACUCUGUUAUUUGUGCCUGGUAAUGUUUCGCUUUGGCAUGGAUAGAGGAAAGGGCUUCUGACAGCUCAGAUCCUGAUCAAGUCUGAGGAGCCAGUUACACAACCAAGCACGACUUCCAGUUUCCUUGAAAUGAGAUUUGGCAGAGGGAUUAUGCACCGCUCCUGGAAAUUCUCCGCAGUUGAGUGUGCAAGGGUGAUUCCAUGAUUUAAGCAACUUCAUUUUUGGUGCAGUGAUAUUGUGUGUGAUAUAUAUAUAUUUAAAAAAAUAUAUAUGUGUGUGUGUAUUUUCCCUCGGGGAAAAGUUUUUGAAGUUGUAGAUUUUUAAGGUUGCUCCCAUUUUUUUUCAUAGGGGCUUAGUUCUUUAGCCAGUUUGAGUAGAUCCUAUGUUCAUCACUGUUGGCCUGAGCAAAUCUGAAAAUAGGAUUGAAAAGAUGUAUGUACUUCUGUAAAUUAAAUGAAUGGAUCAAUCUGAAUAAAAUGGUAAACUGGAAA